AUGUUACAUAUAAAUAAUAGUAAAAAUAGAUUUGGUAUUUUUGAUAAUAUUAAUAUGAUCAAUCAUACUGGUGGUACUGUAGAUGAUAGUAGGUAUAUUGUAUUCGAAAAAGUUGGAAAUGGAAGCUAUGGUGAGGUAUUUCGUUGUCAAGAUAGAUAUACAGGUGAAAUAGUUUGUAUAAAAGAUAUCAGUUUCAAUAGUAACAAACAACUAAUGAAAUCGUUGAAUGAAAUCGAAAUAUUGAAACAACUAUCACAUCCGUUCAUCGUAUCUUAUCGAGAUGCCUAUUCAGUGGACCAACGCAUCAAAAUUAUCAUGGAGUACGCUGAACACUAUGAUUUAGAUAGAUUGGUAGAUUAUCAUAUUAAAUCAAAGACAUUCCUACCUGAAAAUGAUAUAAUUAGAUAUUUUAUUGAGAUUUGUUCAGCCAUAAACUAUAUGCAUAGUAAAGGUAUCAUUCACAGAGAUAUAAAGUUAAAGAAUAUCUUGGUAUUCAAUUAUUCGAAAUGUGUUAAAUUGGCUGAUUUCGGUUUAUCAAAGAUUUUGGAUGAGACUAAGAAUACUCUAACUUUUGUUGGCUCAAUUCACUUUAUUAGUCCAGAGAUAUGUAACGGUAAUUCUUAUGGAUCUUCAACUGACAUUUGGUCUUUAGGUGUAGUACUUUAUAUUUUGAUGGCGAGAAGACGUCCAUUUGGAGGUAGAAACCAAUAUGAGAUUGCAGAGAAUAUUAAAAAAGGAUUAUAUGAUGUACUUCCUGGACAAGCUUUGAGUUCAUUGGUUGAACAAAUGUUGAAUAAAGAUCCAUCAAAGAGACCUACUUCAAGUAUGAUCAUGGAGAAUCCAUUUAUUGUUGAAUUUCUAAAGAAUGAUGUAGAUCUUGCAAAUCAGAUAAAACAAUACUAUGGAAUGGAUGGUUGUUUAAUAGAAAUUAAUCCUGUAUCGAUAACAAAGAAUAACACAAACAUAGAAUCAGAGAAAUCAAUGAUAGAAAAGAAUAGUAUUGAUAGUCAAAGUAGAUUUUCUUCAUUUAGCGAUCAAUCGGUAUGUCAAUCGGAAACACCCAUUAACCAAUGUUAUAAAACAAAGAUUUUAAAGAGAAUCGGGAUCAAUAUUGACACAAAGAAUAUCAGCAAACCGAUGGAGAUCGAAUUGAUUAGAAGACAUAUCGAGUCUUGUGAUUCAACAGAUUCAUCUGACAUUGAAAACUAUCUUGAUCUAAAGCUUUAUAAAUUGAUUUCAUAUAAUAAUAAUUGUAUGCAUAAAUAA